AUGCAGCUGCGUCACUUGACGUCGCUACUACAGGCCACUGAGGGCAUGUGCAAGGUCACGGCCAUUGCCUUUUCGCCGAACAACCGCAGGCUUGCAGUAGUUACAGUAGACCGCGUUGUGCAUUUGUUCGACGGACAAACUGGAGAGCGCAAGGAUAAGUUUUCCACCAAACCAGCAGACAAAGGUGACAAGAAUUACAUCGUGCGUGCACUUGAGUUCUCGCCGGAUUCGUCCAAACUCGCGGUGGCACAGAGCGAUAACAUCGUCUUUGUCUACAAAAUUGGCCUAGAAUUUGGGGAUAAGAAGAGCAUUUGCAACAAGUUUCUACAGCCAUGCUCCGUGACGACACUCACGUGGCCCAGCACACACCCUAACGAGAUCGUCUUCGGCCUGGCAGACGGCAAGGUGAAAGUCGGUCAGUUGCGUAGCAACAAACCGGCCACACUGUACGCUACCGGGUCGUACGUGUCCCGUGUAUGCAGCAACCCCGAGGGCACCGCCAUCCUUUCGGCGCACUAUGAUGGAGCCAUCUAUCGCUUCAUCUUCGACGAUGUGACAGGUGGUCCUACACACGCGAAGCUUGUAGUACACUCCUGCGUGCCAUACGCUCUCGCGUGGGGUGAGAGCAUCGUCGCAGCGGGUAACGAUCGUCGGGUUUCAUUCUACGACAAGGAUGGCGCCCAACUGCGCACCUUCGACUACUCCAGCGAUGAAAAAUGUGGUGAGUUCACGUGCAGUGUGUUCAACCCGACGGGUGAGUCGGUAGUCGUGGGUAACUUCGACUCGUUCUACACGUUUAACUACCAGCAAAAAACCGAGUCUUGGGAGCUCGUGGGGUCCAAAAGCAUUCCCAAUCUGUACUCUGUCACAGCAUUAGCUUGGAAGCACGACGGUAGUCGGCUAGCUGUUGGGUCUGUUUGCGGAGCUCUGGAUUUGUAUGACGCCUGCGUACGCCGCUACCGCUACAAAGGCAAGUUUGAGUUCACAUACGUGUCGUUAAGCCAAGUGAUCGUCAAACGACUCGCUACCGGAGCGCGAGUCGUUGUGCGCUCUGCUUUUGGCUGCGAAAUCACGAAGCUGAACGUGUUCCAAGACCGAUUCCUGGUCGGCAACACCACCAACACCCUCCUCGUUGGGGAUCUGGAUACGGCACGUAUUAGCGAGGUGCAGUGGCAGUCCACUGGCGCAGAGAAAUAUAUGCUGGACAACGAAAGCGUCUGCAUCGUCUACCAAGCUGGUGAGCUAUCUCUGAUUGAAUACGGACAAAACGAACUCUUGGGAUCAGUGAGAACAGAACACCUUAACACGCACUUGCUGAGUGUACGCAUCAACGAGCGUCCCCCACUCCCCAUGCCACAAAAUGGCGACCCCAUUACACCCCAGGAGAACAAGAAAGUUGCGUAUCUACUGGACCUCCAGACAAUCUGUAUCACCGACCUCCACGCCCGUGGAGCUUCCACAGUCAACCACGAUUCUCGUGUGGACUGGUUGGAGCUUAACUCUCGUGGCAACUUGCUCUUGUUCCGUGAUAAACGACGUCAACUGCACCUGUUUGAUAUCGAUACCCAAAAGCGCAGCACCUUACUAAACUACUGCAACUACGUGCAGUGGGUCCCCGAAUCGGACGUGGUUGUAGCGCAGAAUCGAGGCAACUUGUCUGUCUGGUACAAUAUCCGUGCGCCGGACAAAGCCACAAUCUACCAGAUCAAGGGAGACGUCGAGCAGAUCGAACGCGGCAAUGGACGUACCGAAGUGAUCGUGGACGAAGGAAUGAACACGGCUUCCUACCAGCUUGACGAGUCACUGAUAGCAUUCGGUGCUGCUGUAGAUGACGGACAACUUGUGAAUGCCAUGUCGAUUCUUGAGCCUCUCGAGCUUACACCUGAGACUGAGGCUAUGUGGAGUCAACUGAGCCAAGAAGCGUUGACCCAGAACGAUCAUCGCAUUGCUGAACGCUGUGCUGCUGCUCUUGGAGACGUCACGCGUUCGAGGUAUUUGAGAAAGCUCAAUAAGCUGGACUGGCAGGAGAAAGAUCGUCUUAACGGACUUGCUCACUGGAAAGUUCGAGCGCGUCUUGCGGUGCUUAAGAACGACUACCGUAGUGCCGAGCAUUUGCUGCUGGCACAGGGUCAAGUUGAUGAAGCUAUUGAGAUGUACCAGCACUUGCACAAAUGGGAAGAUGCUAUCCGCGUUGCUGAGACGAAGAACCAUUCCGGUUGCGAACAGAUGAAGAGAAGCUACUAUGAAUACCUUGUGGAGUCUCGUCAAGAAGAAAAGGCCGCUGCUGUGAAGGUCAAGGACGGCGACUAUACCGGUGCAGUGAGUCUCUAUCUAAAAGGAGGGCUACCAGCAAAAGCUGCGCAGUUGUUGAACCAGAGAAAUCUCGGUCGCGACCAUAAGCAGCUGAUGGAGACUGUGGCUGAUGCACUAUACUCGGCUGGGAUGUUCGAGAAAGCAGGCGACCAGUUUGAGCGAAUGGAGCAGGAGAGUCGUGCCCUUGCUGCAUUUAUCAAGGCGAAUGCAUUCCGUAAAGCUGUUGAGCUCUCGCGGAAGCACUUCCCUGACAAGGUAUUGCGUCUAGAGGAGGCAUGGGGCGACUAUCUCGUAUCACAAAAGCAAAUGGACAUGGCAAUUAAUCACUACAUCGAAGGCAAUGUGCCAACCAAGGCAGUCGAGGCUGCACUUAACUCACGACAAUGGGCUAAGGCCAGUCAACUUGUAGAGACACUGGAGGACGAUGUGUCUCUACCAUACUACCGUCGCCUUGCUCGUCACUACCAGGAAGCAGGCAAUCUAGAGCAGGCUGAGCGAUGCUUCAUCAAGGCGGACGCUGCUCGUGAUGCCGUCGAGAUGUACACUCGAGCCAACAAAUGGGAUGCUGCCUACCAGGUCGCACUCAACCACUUGGAUAAAUACGAGACCGAGAGACUGUACGUGGAGCAAGCACACCGCAUGGAGCGAGCUGGGAAGUUCAAAGAAGCUGAGAAGCUCUUCCUGACUGUCAACGAGCCAGAUCUGGCUAUCAACAUGUACAAGAACCACAAGAACUACGAACAAAUGAUCCGACUCGUGACCAAAUAUCGGAAGGAUCUUCUUAAAGACACGCAUCUGUACUUGGCUCAGCAAUUGGAGCAUGAAGGCAACUACAAGGAAGCAGAACACCACUUUGCUGAAGCUGGAGAGUGGCAAGCUGCUGUCAACAUGUACCGGACGAACGAUAUGUGGGAUGAAGCGAUUCGUGUUGCCAAGUUCCACGGCGGGAUCAACGCCUCGAAGCGUGUGGCUUAUGCUUGGGCCAUGGAUCUCGGAGGUGAACAAGGCGCUAAGCUGCUCACUCGUCUUGGACUCAUCGAGCCGGCAAUAGACUACGCUAUUGAAAGUGGAGCGUUCGAGCACGCCUUCGAGCUUGCACGCAAUUGUGCCACCAAAAAGCUACCGGAGGUGCAUCUCAAACAUGCGCUGUUUUUCGAGGAUGAGGAACGCUUUAAGGAAGCAGAGGAAGAGUUCAUCAAGGCUGGGAAACCUCGUGAAGCGCUGGACAUGUAUGUGCACCAACAGGACUGGCAAAACGCCAUGCGCGUCGCGGAAAGCGCGGACCCGGCGUCUGUGGCUGACGUGUUCAUCGCUCAAGCGAGACUCUGGAUUGAGCGCAAGGAACAUCAACGUGCUGAAGGCUUCUUCCUCAGUGCCGGGAAACCAGAGCUGGCUCUUGCCGCGUAUCUGGAGGCUGCGAUGUGGGCUGACGCAGUGCGAAUUGCUAAGCGGCAUCUUCCUCAUAAGCUCAUGGAGGUGAAUAUGGCUCAUCAACGCGCUAUCUUCUCUGGAGGACCGAAGAAGAAAGAAGAGCUCAUGGAGGCGUGUGAGAUGUGGGUGGCCUCGCAGCAGUAUGUUCAGGCAAUCGACGCGUAUUUGUCGAUUUCUAUUGACCAGAUCAGCGACCUUGGAGAGCUGGAAGAGCUCUGGGCGAAGGCCAUCGAGCUGUGCGCUAAGCACGACCCGAGUCGCUACAAGUCGAUCGUGGAGGAGGUGGCGUCACGCCUCCUUGGAAUGUCUCGCUUCGACUCCGCUGCUGAGCAUUUCCAGUCUAUUGACAAGAUGAACGAGGCCCUGGAUUGCUAUCUGCGCGUCAAUAACUGGGCUGCCGCUCAGAAGCUGUGCGAGCAGCAUGCCCCCGAGCUGUUACCUCGUCUCGAGCGAGCACAACAGGCUAGUGCCUUUGGAUCAGCUUCGCACCACCCUGCAGAGGCCAAGAUGGCUACAAGCUCGUACACUCCGUCAGCAGAUACCAAGAUGCACUACUCUGCAGAGAAAAAGGAGUCGACGCUCAGUGCUGAAGGUGAUGACGCAGGACGCGGUACUAAUGCUCUGGAUGCGUGGAUGCAGCGUGGGGAAUGGGACAAAGUGUUGUCUUCAGCAGCCAAGCAUAGUGCUGGGUCGCUGGCGAAGUACCUCGUUCUUCGGUGCUCGCGACUGUGCGAGCAUGGCGAGAUGUCUACGGCGAUCAAGACCAUCUCUGACUAUGGCAUUCCUCUUGACUCGGAGGCUCUGGAUAUGACAGAGAGACUCGUCCAGAAGACGCUUGCAUGUGGCUACACCAUCGAAGAGGAUUCUGAACACCAAGCGGCGUUGCCAGAGCUGGUCAAAUGCCUGCGCAAACUUGUCAAAGAUCUGCGUGCGAAUAACAAGGAGUUCCCCAGCUCGCGAGUACAGAAGAUUGAGCAGUGGCUACUGGUGACGCACUUCUUCGCCAUCAAGCACCAGGCAGCAAACGCUGGGCUGGACGAUCUGGUAGCCAAGAUCAGUAUGUCACUGCUGCGCUUUGUUGCUGUUCUACCCGCUGACAAGAUGUUCUACCUUGCUGGUGCGGCCGCGAGGAAGAAGAAAUGGCUCAGCGCCGCCUUCGUAUACUUCAACCGCUAUCUCGAUCUAUGUGAGGCUAUUGAUGAUGGCGAUGCUAGCGACCUGGACAACACCGACUUCAUUGGUACUGACAUCCCAUCGCCCCUCGACUUUGCUCUACCGGAAGUGCACUAUCUUGCUGAAGAAAGCGCUCGUGAGGAGAUCCGCGAUUGGGUGCUGACGAUCUCAAUGGACCAGCAGGUGGCCGAGAAGCUACCCGAACGCGCGUGUCUGCAUUGCAAGGCCAGCAUCUAUGAGGCGGCUCUGCAGUGUCCAGAGUGUAAGACGGCGUCCGAGUCGUGUAUUGUCACGGGCUUUCCUGUUGCUGCCAAGACGACUGUGCAUUGCGCCACCUGCAAGGUUAUUGCUGACCGUGAGACGUGGAACAAGUGGGUUAAGCAGUUCGGCAACUGCCCCUGGUGCUCGGCUCCGCAGAAGAUGAGUUACUGA